GCACGCGCAUGCGCAUGGAACGCAGUGAACGACUAUGGCAGGGCAGAGCUUCCCUACGCCGUUCCACGGGCACGUGGGCCGCGGCGCCUUCAGCGACGUGUACGAGCCCGCGGAGGACACGUUUCUGCUUCUGGACGCGCUCGAGGCGGCGGCUGCCGAGCUGGCAGGAGUGGAAAUAUGCCUGGAAGUAGGGUCAGGGUCUGGUGUAGUGUCUGCAUUCCUAGCCUCUAUGAUAGGCCCUCAGGCUUUGUACAUGUGCACUGAUAUCAACCCUGAGGCAGCAGCUUGUACCCUAGAGACAGCACGCUGUAACAAAGUCCACAUUCAACCAGUUAUUACAGAUUUGGUCAAAGGCUUGCUACCAAGAUUGAAGGAAAAAGUUGAUCUUCUGGUGUUUAAUCCCCCCUAUGUAGUGACUCCACCUGAAGAGGUAGGAAGUCACGGAAUAGAGGCAGCUUGGGCUGGUGGCAGAAAUGGUCGGGAAGUCAUGGACAGGUUUUUUCCCCUGGUUCCAGAUCUCCUUUCACCAAGAGGGUUAUUCUAUUUAGUUACCAUUAAAGAGAACAACCCAGAAGAAAUUUUGAAAAUAAUGAAGACAAAAGGACUGCAAGGAACCACUGCACUUUCCAGACAAGCAGGCCAAGAAACUCUUUCAGUCCUCAAGUUCAGCAAGUCCUAGCAUACAAUGUGUCCAGAGCUACUGGAAACUGAAUGCAUUUAGCAUAUUUUGAGACUGAAGUCAUUCAUUAGGUAACAAGGAAUUUUAUCAGAAAUUUGUCAUUAAAAGAAGGUGGAAAGGUGGAACAUUCCCUGUCAGUCAGGCCUAUAGAAUUACUUGCACAAGUACAAGUAAAUAUGUGUAUUAUGUUUAUAAUUUGCAUUUAAAUAUAAAAAUUAUAUAUGAAAUAUUUAUUUUGGCAUUAUGUGGUAAGGCAACGGAAUUGAUCUGGCAAAUGUCUUUUUCUUCAUACCAGUCCAUAAAGGCAGUUUGCUUUCAGAUGGCAGGGCCAGCAACACACCUUCAUUGUCGUAUCUCCGGUGUAUAUCAACUCUCCAACUCUAUGUCAUAAUUCAGUUCAUGGGGAUCUUGAUUACCUUUCCCUUCCACAAAAUAUUGCACUGAUUCGUUAUAUUGAUGACAUUAUGCUGAUCUGACCCAGUGAGCAAGAAGUAGGAACUACACUAGACUUAGUGGAAAGACAUUUGCAUCAGAGAGUAGGAAAUAAAUAUGACUACAAUUCAAGGACCUUCUACCUUAGUGAAAUUGAUAGGGAUCCAGUGACAUGGGGCAUGUUGGGCUAUUUCUUCUAAGGUGAAGGAUAAGUACUUGCAUCUUGCUGCUCUUACAACCAAGAAAGGGGCACAAUACUUAGUGGGCCUUUUUGGGUUUUGGAGACAACAUUUUCCAAUUUCAUUAUGUUACUCCAGCCCAUUUACCAAUUGACUCAAAAAGCUGCUAGUUUUGAGUAGGGCUCAGAACAAGAAAAGUGUCUGCAACAGGUCCAGGCUGCUGUGCAAGCUGCUCUGCCACUUGGGUCAUAUGAUCCAGCAGAUCCAGUGGUGUUUCAGUGGCAGUGGCGGAUAGGGAUGCUGUUUGAAGCUUCUGGGAGGUCCCUAUAGGUGAAUCUUGGUUUAGGAUUUUAGAGCAAAGCCCUGUCAUUACCAACAAAUAACUAGUCUUUUUUUGAGAAACAGCUCUUGGCCUGUUACUGGGCCUUAGUAGAGACUGAUACUUAAUGAGUCACCGAGUUACCAUGCAACCUGAGCUGCCCAUCAUAAACUGGAUGUUAUCUGAGCCACCAACGCACAAAGUUGGAUAUACACAGCAACACUCCGUCAUCAAUGGAAAUGGUAUACACAUGAUUGGGCCUGAGCAGGCCCUGAAGGCACAAGGAAGUUACAUGAAGAAGUAGGCCAAAUUUCCAUAGUCCCCACUUCUGCUACCUGCCUUCUCUCUUCCAGCCUGCAUCUGUGGCUUCAUGGGGACUUCCCCACGAUCAGCUGACAGAGAAAGAGAAGACUUAGGCCUGGUUUACAGAGGGUUCUGUAUGAUAUGCAGGUACCACCCUAAAGUGGAUAGCUGCAGCACUAUAGCUCGCCUCUGGGCUACCUUGAAGGACAGUGGUGAAGGGAAAUUCUCCCAGUGGACAGAACUUUGAGCAGUCCCCCUGGUUGACUUUGCUUAGGAGGAAAAAUGGCCAGAUAUUCAACUAUAUGCCAAUUCAUAGGCUGUGGCCAGUGGUUUGGCUGGAUGGUCAGGGAGUUCAACAUAACUGGAAAAUUGAUGACAAAGAAAUUUGGAGAUGAAGUAUGUGGAUAGACACUGAAUGGGCAAAAAGGGUGAAGAUAUUUGUGCCCCAUGUGAAUGCUCACCAAAGGGUUAGCAAAGAAGGGUUUUAAUAAAGUGGACAAGAUAACCUGUUCUGUGGAUACUGGUAGGCCUCUUUCUCCAGCCACCCCUGUCAUCACCCAAUUGUUUCAUGAACAAAGUAGCCAUGUAACAAGAAUAGAGGUUAUGCAUGGGCUCAGCAAUGUGGACUUUUACUCACCAAGGCUGACCUGGCCAAGGCUAUCUCUGAGUGCCCAGUCUGCCAGCAGCAGAGACCAACACUGAGCCCCUGAUAUGACACCAUUCCCCAGAGACAUCAGUCAGUUGCCUAGUGGCAGGUUAAUUACAUUGAUCCACCUCCAUCGUUGAAGGGAUAGUGUUUUGUCCUUACUGAGACAGAACUUACUCUGGAUACAGAUUCGCUUUCCCUUCAUGCAAUGCUUCUACUAAAACUACCAUCCAUGGACUUACAGAAUGUCUAAUCUAUGACCAUGGUAUUCCACACAGCAUUACAAGAAACUCAGUUCACAGCAAAAGUGUGGCAGUGGGCCCAUGCUCAUGGAAUGAACUGGUCUUACCAUGUUCCCUACUAUCCUGAAUCAACUGGCCACAUAGAGCAGUGGAAUGGCAUUUUGAAGACAGUAGUAGCACCAGCUAUAUACCAGUGCCUUGUAGGGCUGGGACAAGGUUCUCUAGAAGGCUGCCUACACUCUGAAUCAACAUCCAGUAUAUGGUACAUUUCUCUUAUGACUGGGAUUCACAGGUCCAGGAAUCAAGGGGUCAAAAUAGGAGGAACACCAUUCGCUAUUAGCCCUAGUGACCCACUAGCAAAAUUUUUGGCCUAGAGGUCUUACAUAGGGUGGAAUGUUUUCCACUGAGAGAUACAAUCAUGAUUUAAUUGAACUAGAAGUUUAAGACUGCUCCUCAGCCAUUUGGGGCUUCUCAUGCCUCUAACUCAGUAGACAAAUGAGUUACAGUGCUGGCUGGGUGAUUGUACCUGAUUACCAAGUAGAAACUGGACUACCCCUGAAUGGUGGUAAGGAAAAGUAUGUUGGGAAUACACAAGAUUCCUUAGGGCAUCUCUUAGUGUUACCAUGCCCUGUGAUUAAGGUCAAUGGAAAACUACAGCCUAAUUCAGACAGGACCACUAAUGAUCCAGACCUUUCAGGAAUGAAGGUUUGGGUCACCACCGGGUAAGUACCAUGACCAGAUGAGGUGCUUGCUGAAGGCAAAGGGAAUACAGAAUAAAUGGUGGAAUAAAUACUAGCUUUGAUCAUAUGACCAGUUACAGAAACACAGACUGUGAUUGUCAUAAGUAUGUCCUCCAUAUUUUGCUGUAACUACAUUUUGUGUGUAUGUAGCUUUGUUUUCUUUCUUCGCAUUUCCUUAUUCUGUAACAUAAGAUGCAUUGAUUUUAUAGCAUAGUGUUUAAAUAUUGUUAAUUUUUUUAACUGGCUCCAAUGUUCAACCUUGAUUAAUUUUUCAUCAUGGUAUUUAAGUUAUGAGAUAUCAAGGAGAGAGUAAACAUCACAUGAAGACUUUACCUCCUCUUCUGGGAAAUGGGUUAGUGUGUUUCUGGUGGAAUACUGGAUUGUUAAUCGUGUUAGAUGGAAUUAUGACCUUGUUGUUGUCUUUAUGUGGCAGUUAAGUAUGGUUUAAGGAGAUGUGUAUGGGUGCCAAGUUGACAAGGGUAGACUUGUGAUGGUUAAUUUUAUAUGUCAACUUGAAUAGGCCACAGGGUGCCAGAUAUCUGUUUAAACAUUAUUUUGAAGUGUCUUGAGUGUGUUUACAGAGGAGAUUUGCAUUUGAACUGGGGGACUCAGUAAAGGAGAUAGCCAUCCCCAAGGUGGGUGGACAUCAUCCAAUUUGUUGAGGGCAUAAAUAAAAGGCAGAGGAAGGAAGAAUUCACCCCCUUUUUUUUUUCCUGCCUCAUUGUUUGAGCUGUGACAUCUCAUCUUCUGUCCUCAGAUGGAUUUACAUCACUGGCUCCCCUGGUUCUCACGCCUUUGGAUUCAGACUGAAUUAUACCACAGGCCUUCCUGGGUCUCCAGCUUAUAGAUGACAGAUCAUGGGACCUCUUAGCCUCCAUAAUCAUGUAAGCCACUUUCUUGUAGUACUGGUAAAAGAUAUAUUAGACCAGUCUAUAAAACAGAUAGCUAUGAAAGAGAAGGGCGACAGGCACAAGCCUAGGCAAAUAGGGAAGGGUCCUUGGAGAGCCUCUGACUUGCCCAGGUCAUUGUACACAGGUGGCUUGCCUGAACAUGCCCACUGUGAAAAAUUCCAUUUCUCAACACAUGUGCAGUAAGGGAAAUAAAUCAAUGUGGCUCAGACUAAGCACCCACACAUGGGGUGGAGCCACGAGGAGUUUGCGCCUUAUGCAGGGGAGAAGCCAUGCCUCUUCAGCUCGUGUGUGGUGGCCUGGCAUUCAAUUUGUGAGGUGUGAAACCUGCAUGAAGGACCCCUCUUUAGGACCCCUCUUUUUGUGGAGAGCUUUCCUUUUGCCUAAUAAGUUCUGCCCUCCUCGCCUUUCAGUGUGUACGCGUGCCUAAUUUUUUCUGGUCAUGUGAUAACCCAAAUUUAACUGAACUAAGGAGCAAAAAAUCCUGCAUCAGCUACAUUAAUAGCUGAUUGUACUGGAUUGAGUAGUGUCCCCCCAACAAAAUUCGUGUCCAUCUGAAACCUGUGAAUAUGCUCCUAUUUGGAAUUAGGGACUUUGCAGAUGUAAUCAAGUUAAGACAAGGUUGUACUGGAUUAGGGUGGGCCCUAAAUCCAGUAUCACUUGUGUCCUUGUAAGAACAGGAAAAUCUGAACACAGAAACAGAGACAUAGGGCCAUAUGAAGACAGAGGCAGAGGUUGGAGUGAUGAGUCAACGAGUAAAGGAAUGCCAGGGGUUGCUAGCAACUACCAGAGGCUAGAAGAGGCAGGCAAGGAUUCUUCCUUCAAGCCUUCAGAGGGAGCAUGGUCCAGCCCACACCUUUAUUUCGGACACCUAGGCUCAAGAACUGUGAGAGAAUGCGUUUGUUUUACAACAAACAGUUACCCAGUUGGUGGCACUGUUACAGUAGCUCUCAGAAAUUAAUACGCUGGGUACAAAAUUAAAAGCAUGAUUAGGAAUAGACAUGGACACUGAUAUGGUUUGGAUUUGUGUCCCCACUCAAAUCUCAUGUUGAAUUUUAAUCCCCUAGUAUUGGAGGAGGGACAUGGUGAGAGGUGAUUGGAUCAUAGGGGCAGACUUGCUCCUUGCUGUUCUCGUGAUAGUGAGUUCUUAACGAGAUCUGGUUGUUUAAAAGUGUGUAGCACUCCCUCUUCGCUCUCUUCCUCCUCCUCCAACCAUGUGGACGUGCCUGCUUCCUCUUCACCUUGUGCCAUGAUUUUAAGCUUCCUGAGGCCUCCCCAGCCAUGCUUCCUGUACAGCCUGUGGAACCGUGAGCCAAUUAAACUUCUUUUCUUUA